AUGAAAGCGGCUCGACUAAGGGCUCGAUCGAGUAGAAACAGAGUAACUGAGCUCGAUCGAGUUGAGGGUCGAGUUAGCGUCUUUUGGAGCACUUUGGAGCAUUUGGGACGUAAGGAGCAAGGAAGGACUUGGUGCAUGGACACAGCUCAACCACACACGCAUAGGAUGAAGGAGGAAGUCAUCUUGAAGUCAGCUCGACCAGCUACUCGACCAACCGGUCGAGUUCAGGAACUCGACCGGCCAAGUUCCAACUUGAUCAAGCUGAGGAGUCAACAGUCAAACCCGAAAAAUGUUGCUUCCCCUUUGACUUCCCUUUGA